AUGAGUUCUUCAAGUACAGAGCCCCUUGAAGUUGAACUCUCAACCUUUUAUGACUAUUAUGAUAAUUACAACGAUGCUCCAAAACCAUGCAAUAAGGAAAGCGUCAGGAGGUUUGCAGCCUCCUUCCUCCCUGUUCUGUAUAGCCUAGUAUUCCUGGUCGGGCUCGUGGGAAACAUUCUGGUCAUUGUGGUCCUCUUCAAAUACAAAAGGCUGAAGAGCAUGACUGAUGUGUACCUGCUAAACCUUGCCAUCUCAGAUUUGCUCUUUGUUUUUUCCUUGCCAUUCUGGUCUUAUUUCACAAUAGACCAAUGGGUUUUUGGAACUCCCUGGUGUAAAGUCAUUUCAUGGAUCUACCUGGUUGGGUUUUACAGUGGGAUAUUUUUUAUUAUGCUUAUGAGCAUAGACAGAUACCUGGCAAUUGUUCGUGCAGUGUUUUCCUUGAAAGCAAGAACUGCCUUCCAUGGCUUGAUUACUAGCCUUGUCGUAUGGCUGGUAGCUCUUUCAGCCUCAGUUCCUGAGCUUGUGUUUAGAGAGUCUUUUAAUGAACAUAAUUAUACUACCUGCAAGCCAAGAUAUCCAGGCAAUUUCACAACAUGGAAAGUUUUUACCACUUUGGAAAUCAACAUUUUAGGGCUCCUAAUCCCGUUGAUAGUUAUGACAUUUUGCUACUCCAUGAUCAUUAAAACGUUAGUUCACUGUAGAAAUGACAAAAAGAAUAAGGCUGUGAAGAUGAUUUUUGCUGUCAUGAUCGUGUUUUUCUUUUUCUGGACCCCUUACAACAUCAUUAUUUUCUUACAACUGCUGGAAAUUAUGGGAGUCAUUAGAGACUGUCAAGUGAGCAAAAGUCUGGACUACGCUUUCCAGGUAACGGAAAUCCUUGGCCUUUUUCACUGUGGCCUCAAUCCAGUCAUCUACUUCUUCAUGGGGGAAAAGUUUAAGAAGUACCUGAAGAUGCUCUUUAAGAACUGGCAGAUACCUGGGUAUAUCUGCAAGUGGUGUGGAGUUCACAUCACUUACCACACUGAAUCUACCAGUUCAUUCCACACACAGUCUACAGGGGAUCAAGAUGCUCUGUAA